CGACCUUGUAAAUUUAUAGAAAGUUUUUCUUCCUGUUGUAUAUAUAAAUUCGGCCAGGUUUUCGACUUUUCAUUCCCCUCUUCUCGGUCAAUGUCUCAACCCGAGUUGUAACUUCUCCACUCGAGUUGACUUUUUUUAUUACAUUUUUUACAAGACACUUUCAUUAUCAAAAAAAAAAGACCAAAAAACUGAUAAGAACUGCUGAUAAACAUUCGUCUUACUACUGUCUACUGACAAUUAUUGGGAUUUUUAUCAUAUUCCGGACCAAAAGAAGAAAAAAAUGGUAUAUUUUUGUUAAGAUGUGUCGUUAAAAUAAAAACAGAAAACGGAGAUGAAAGAGAAAUCAUCUAUUGACUGGAUCUUCCCAGUGCUCAGAAAGCCUUUCUGCGGGUCCUAUUUGUGGAAAAUCGCCAGCAACUUUACAAUCACAGCCGUCGGAUUAUUCAGCAAAAUUCUCAUCGGGUGGUUGAACAAUUCAAAAUGCCACAACCAGCACUCUUUCAGUGAAUUACUAGACAGACGGAACAACGUCCCUUUAAUAACCGUUUCGAAUCAUGAUUCUUGCUUCGAUGAUCCCGGUAUCUGGGGUUGUUUAAAAUGGAGACAUGUACUAAGUGGAAGUAAAAUGAGAUGGUCCCUGGCAGCACAUGAUAUUUGUUUUACAAAUAAAUUACACUCUUAUUUUUUUAUGUUAGGCAAAUGUAUCCCAGUUAUUCGUGGAAAUGGGGUUUAUCAAGAUGCAAUAAAUUUCUGUCUUGAGAAACUGCAACAAGGCGAAUGGGUCCACGUCUUCCCCGAAGGGCGAGUUAACACUACCAAAGAGUUUAUUAGGUUAAAAUGGGGAGUCGGAAGAAUGAUCUACGAAUCUCCUAUAACUCCCAUUGUCGUUCCUAUCUGGCAUAUAGGCAUGGAGGAAAUCCUUCCGAACGAGCCGCCGUACAUUUUGAAAACGGGCAAAAGGGUGACAUUCAAUUUUGGCGAACCGAUCAAUUUUUCAAACUUGCUCAAAGAACUUAGGGCGGCUCGGGCCAAUGCCGAACAAGCGCGAAAAGCGAUAACUGAUAAAAUCCAAGUCGAACUGAUGAAAUUGAAAUUGCAAACGGAAUCAUUACACAGAGUUUACCACUCAAAAUCUUGACAUAUGCCCACAAAACGAAAAAUUAAAAUUCAACAAUAUAGUCAAUACUUUAAGAUUUGCGGAAAAAGUGUUAAAAAAUAAAUUACAGAUCGUGGGCACAGUUGUAACCUUUGUGAAUAUAUCGUUGAAAAUGGUUGGUGCCUGUCCAUUAUUUUAGUUUAAACAUUUGUAAUAAUAUUUUUA